AUGAGAGCGGUGCACGCUGCGACCGGCGAGGGCAUGACGGCACUGAUGGCGGCGGCGGCGACGGGGCAAGCGAAGGUGCUCGAGGCGUCCGGCAAUAACGGCGCAUCCGCGCUGCACAUCGCUGCCUCGCUUGGCCAGAUGCAGGCUGUCGAGGCGCUGCUGGCGAGCGGGACGACGGCGCUGCACUUUGCCGCGGAGAUGGGGCACGCGGGCGUUGUGCAGGCCGCCCUCUGCGCCGCCGGGGCAGACUCGAACGCGCGCAAGAGCACCGGCAAGACCCCGCCGCACAGCGCUGCCGACUACGAUCAAGACUCUCAAGAGAACACCGACAAGAGGCACAAGCGCGACACGACGCCGCUCUACCUGGCGGCGCAGCGGGGCUGGACUCGCGCGGCGGAGGAGCUGCUGACUCGUGGUGCCGACCCGAACUUAGUGAUGCGGAACACGGAGCGGGCGAACGGCGCGACCGCGCUGCACGUGGCGGUGGAGAACGGGCACUACGCGACGGCGGAGUUGUUGCUCGAGCACGGCGCGCUGCAGCUCGGCUCUGAAGGGCAGACGGCACGCCCGUGA